CAAUAAAGAGCCAGCUUUCCCAGUGACCAAUCAAGAGGCGAAUAUGAUGUUGUGGGGGGAAGGUAUUGUUUGUUGACAAUAAUCUGUCAGCUGUGCUGGCCCUCCUGCCACACACACACACACUCCUCGCUGCUCUUACUGACACUAUGGGCUCCCUCUGAAGGUUAAAUCAUGCUGAAGGGCCGGGGGUGGUUUGGAGGAGGUUUAUGGAAGACCAAGAACCCUCACUCACUGGAACAUCUCAGGUACCUGUACAAUGUGCUCAGUAAGAACCAGGUUGUGCAGGAAAGUAACCGCGGCCUUCUGGUGGAGAACCUCCGUGCCAUUGCUGAAAUACUCAUCUGGGGUGACCAGAAUGAUUCAUCAGUAUUUGAUUUCUUCUUGGAGAAGAAUAUGUUAUCUUUCUUUCUUCGCAUCAUGAAGCAGAAAUGUGGAAGCUAUGUAUGUGUUCAGCUGCUUCAGACACUCAAUAUCCUCUUUGAAAACAUACGCAAUGAAACUUCACUAUAUUACCUGCUGUCCAAUAACCACGUAAACUCUAUUAUCGUCCACAAGUUUGACUUCAGUGAUGAAGAGGUCAUGGCCUACUACAUAUCCUUCCUCAAGACCUUAUCACUAAAGCUCAAUGUCCAUACAAUUCACUUUUUCUAUAAUGAGCACACAAAUGACUUCCCACUCUAUACAGAAGCAAUCAAGUUUUUUAAUCAUCCAGAAAGUAUGGUGCGGAUAGCUGUUCGAACGCUAACUCUUAAUGUAUACCGGGUCAAUGAUCAAUCCAUGCUCCAGUUUAUCCGUGAUCGAACUGCAGCUCCUUAUUUCUCUAACCUCGUUUGGUUUAUAGGCAACCACAUACUAGAACUAGAAAAUUGUGUACGAAGUGAUGUUGAUCACAACAGUCGAAGCCGUCUUGCAGACUUAGUUGCAGAGCACCUAGACCAUCUCCACUAUCUGAAUGACAUACUUAAGUUGGACAUAAAGACUCUUAAUGCUGUACUAGCUGAUCACCUGCUGAACAGGUUGCUUGUUCCACUACUGGUGUACUCUCUCAAUCCUUCUCAGGACAAGGAUGAUCGACCGAGAGUAAGCAGUGUUGUCUCGCUGUUCUUGCUGGCUCAAGUGUUUCUUAUUGUGUCUCAUGCCCCGCUAGUCAGAGCACUUGCAAAAAUAAUUUUCCAUGCAGACAACUCUAUAUUUUCUGAAGACACAAUUAUUUUACAGUUUUUUGAGGUAUUUCAGGGGCAGCGCCUGGUGCGUAGAGGCUUUGUUGCGCCUGAGGAGCCCCUUGAGAAGUCCUUGCAAGCAAAAACAUCAAGUGGUUCAGGGAGUAGUUCUUCACACAGUCCGAGUAACAGCUUAUCAAGAGGGGAUGCCAGUAGUAGCAAGGGUGGCAUUAGUAGUGGUAGGUCAUCCUUGGACCAGGAGGCUGAGGAGGCUGUGCUCUGUCAAGAGUUGCGGGUAUCAACUCCUGCUGCAGAUAUAAUGGCAAGCAUUGGCAUUUCUGACUUGGAAGCCACCCAUGUUAACAUCACUGAUGAAGAGAAGGAGCAGCUCAGAGCUUCAGAUCACUUAGGAGGAAAUAUGGUUGAUGUUGGGAUAACAGAACGCUCACUCGCUUCCCGGCCAUUUCUUCAAUCAACUAUUGCAUCUUUGGACUGCUCGGAAAAUGACUAUGCGUCUCUGUUUGCAUUGUGCCUCCUGUAUGCACUCGGUCAUAAUCAAGGUAUCAAUCAAGAACUUUUGGAUUUGGUGGUGGGAAGUGGAGAUACUUCAGACACUAAAUUACUUUACAACACACUCUUGGUGGACAAAAUGCUUGAAAUCAUCACUUUGAGUUGUCAGUAUAAUUCACGUGUGCGUGUAGCUACCCUGGAAAUGGCCAUCUUAGUGUUGAAGCAGCUAAUUGGUGUAGGGUCCAGCAGUUGCAGAAAACACACCAGUUGUCUUCGUGACCACCAUUUAGCAUCACUGGAAGGUGCUCGGGAAGAGGCAACACUUAUGCUCAGGAAUUUUUAUAAAAGUGAAGAGAUCUUCUUGGACAUGUUUGAGGAUGAGUGGCAUGAGAUGCACCGGAAACCCCUUAAUGUGGAGUAUCUUCUGCAAGAUGCUUCUGUAUUAUUACCACCAGCAGGCACACCACUCACUGGCAUUGACUUUAAUAAAAGAUUGCCCUGUGGAGAGGUUGAACGAGCACGACGAGCCAUGCGAGUGUUCUUCCUGGUUCGAGAGAUUACCUUGGCUGUACGUGAUGAGCCAGACAGCCACUUGCCUCUGACAAACCCUGCUGCCUGUGUCCAAGUAGCUGAUGUUCUAGAUCUUAAUAACAGUGACCUGAUUGCCUGCGUGGUUAUUCCUCGGGAUGGACAGCGCACCAAACGCUUUCUAGUGAUUGAUGUCAUUCAGCUGAUCCUUGUGGAACCAGACUUGAGGAGACUAGGCUGGGGAGUGGCAAAAUUUGUAGGUUUUUUACAGGAUUUAGAAGUGAAUGGAGAUAAAGAUGAUUCUCGAGUGCUACAUUUAACCAUCCACCGGCCAUCUGCAUCAUCGGGAGUCACUGGAAGACCAACCACUCCCCUCUUAGCAGCAAAAUUUAUUUUCGAUGACCAUAUACGAUGUAUGGCUGCUAAACAAAGAUUAACCAAAGGGAGGAUGAAAGCACGACAAAGAAAAUUGCACCAGAUUGCUCGGUUAUUAGAACUCCCAGGCCAUUUACAGCCUUGUCCAUCACCACCAGCACACGCCCUUCACACCAUGAGACAAGAAGCCCAUAGACGCGGCUUGAGCCGUGCUGUUGCCGCAGAUGGACGCAGUCGUAGUCAAUCUCACCGUCCAAUGUUUAACGUGACGCGUGUGCCGGGCUUUGCUCUGAAGCGUGAUGGAGUAAAUCAGCAUAUUACCUCAGAUACAGAAGAGCAUGGAAGCAGUUGUACAGGACGAUCAGAAUCCCAAAGUCCAAGUCACAGUGAUCGUCCAGUUAGUAGACAGCCACAGACUAGUCAGGAGAGAGGCUCUCGAUCUAGUUCUCGACCUCGGCCACGUAGUGAAGAAAUACCACUGGAAGACAUGAUGGCAUCUGGGGGUUUUCCUCAGGCCUCGCCAUCUAUGCCUAAGGUGAACGUAGAGAGUACUAGCUCCCCACGGGGCAGUAACAGUAGUAGCUCUUCUAGCACUGAAGGAGAGACCACUGCUCUAGAAAGAUCAAUUUCUGCAAACCUAGAGUUACCUGGAAGGCCCAGCACGACAAGUCCUGGAACAGAUGAGAGAAUGUGGCCAUGUGCAUCACUUGUGGGGAAUCCCGAGCUGUCUCCUGGACCCACUCGUCUCUUACCACCUCUUAGUCAUAUUCCCUCUCCGCUCCUCCUGACAGCUACUGAUUCUAAUUCACUACCCAUGGAAAAUGAUAAGCACAGUUUUAUGACAACUCCACAUACAAACUUUACACCUCAGAUGGACGAGACUGAAACGUCUUUUACUGCCAAACCUCCGCUCGCCAGAACUACUAAUGGUUAUGAUGUUUAUGAACCACAUACAAAUGGAAGUGUUAAUGUUGGUAGCAGGAAACAUGAUAGCCCAAGAAACAGUGUUGGUUCGGCUGAUUUUAGCCCAAUACGUAGAAGUAGAAUUAAAGGAAAUGUAGAAACUGUGUGAUAUAAAAAUUAUAGUGAUGUUUAUAGUGUACAGUACUUAAUGCCAUUAUAUCAUAAUUUCUUUUUCUCUCUGAUGCCUAAUUUGUUAUAUUAGUGAAUGAUCAGAAAAAAGAAACAGGAAAGAAGUUUCAUUCUAUAUAUUUUUCAAAAUUUGUUUGUGUAAAGUUUAUUGUUGGAUAUUGAAGUUUGUUUAAUAUAUAGUUUAUGAAAAAAGGUAACAUUAUAAAAUUCCCAGCAAAUUUCUGAAGUGGCCCUUUCCAGGUCUCAAGUUCACUGAAAGUGCUUGAGAUGCUUUAGGAUGAUACAUAAAGCCAGAUCUCUCAAGAAGAGAUCUGUUCAUUAAGGAGCAUGGUGCUAAUAGAGGUAGAGUGGGCAUAAGUUUGCACAUACAGGGGCUCCCACAACUUAUGAAUAUCCAGGUUACUAAACAUCCUCAUUUAUGAGCUAGAUUCAUUAGAAAUAAUAUUGAAAAAAUAGUCCUUUUAUGCACUCCAACCCACAGUUACAGACAUAUAGUGCAUGACCAAAUUUUGUGUUGUUCUUUACAAGAAAAUAGGUUCCAGGUUACAAACAUCAUGUCCAUAAGUUGGAAUUCUAGAAAUGCGACUCUUUCUUUAGUUGGGGACUCCCUGUAAACUUUAUCUUAGUUAAUUGGCUUUUAAAAGGAAAGAAUAUUUUUUCAUACAACUGAAAUUAAGCUAAUUAUGAUAUACACAAUAAUACAUUAGUGUAUAAGAUUCUUUAACAAUUAAAAUUAAAACAAGGUACUUUAUGUUAUGUGAAAAUUUUUUCAUGGUGUCCUUAUAUUUUUUUAAUUUGUAAAGGACAAAUUGAUUUAAUGAUGUUAUUUAAUAUACAAAUUAAAAUAUUAGUGAUGUAUUUACAAGUGAUUUAAAUAUAAUUAUUUAUAGAACAUAUACGUAUAAUGAAAUUUAAACCAUAGUCAAAAAGUCAAUUUCUUGAGUCAUUUUGUCAGACUAUUGGUAAAAUUUGUUGCCACAAGCACUUACAUGAGACAGUGAUCAGAAUUAACAUAAUAAAGUUAUCUACAGUGCAGCUUGUGAUGUUCACUAAUAUGUGAUAUUUAAAGCUAUGUUAGGAUCAUAUGUAUAUUAACUUAGUUAUUAUGUAGUGCUCUUUAUGUUGUAUGGAAAAGAGUAAAUAUGAUUUUCUGUUGAAUUUUCAAGAAAGAUACUUAAAAAGCAUUUUGUGAAUUAGUUUUGUCCUAUUGUAUGCUACUUGAUGAUGGUAAAACUUAAUUUAGUUGCCAUAAUGAGCAAGGGUUUUCCUAAUAAACGCUGAUGAAUUACAGUACAUAACAUAGUUGGCAUUUCCAAGUAUGUAUAUUACUCGAUGACGGUGUCCACUGCUAAUUGCAAAAUACCUUGUGGGCAGGUAUAUAUUGUCUUGAAGUAUUGAUAUAUUUACAUGCAAGGCAAUGCACAAUCAUCUGCCUAUGCUUUUUAAGUAGAGGUUAUAAUGUAGAUCUCAUGCACAUAGAAAGCUACGGGCCACCUGCAAUUACUUUUUCUAUAUGAAAAUCAGUAGGUUAUUACAAAUUUGUAGCAGUGCUAAAUGACCUAGUUGUGUUUGUUUUGGAAAGACAGCUAAGGAGUGAGUAAUGGUGACUGUCUUACCUUCUUUGAAUCAACUCUUCCUUAUUGGAAAAUGACUACCUAUAUGUACUAUAUUAGCUGCUAGUACUUCCAUCUAUGGGUGAAAUUAAAAUUAUACAGCAUAA